GGGACUGUACACAGAAGAGCCAUGCUAGCUAACGUCAGCUAGCAAGCUAACAGCUGGAAGUGGCUGUUUUAGUUUACGUUAAGUUCAAGAGAUUUCAUAAUAUAAUGCAAUUUGAUUCAAGUCUAUAGGUCAGUUUCUCUCCAACUACGGGAAGGAAAUGCCACCAAAAAGAGUGAAAAGCGGGACAGUGUCUGCUGCUGGUGCAACGGCAGUUGGAAACAAAGGUUGGGAAACUGGACUCACUAAUGCACCAUUUGAGGAGGAGACUUGGAAGGCCAGCAUUUCUCUGGUGGUGGGAGAGAGGCUGGAGGAUGAGGAGCUGACCGGUGCUCUGCUGCUGGCCGUACAGCAGCCCCUACGCAGGCUCUUCAGCGUAGUCACCUGGGACACCACCCUAGAAAAGAUCCAUGAACUGGGAAACCCAAAAAUCAAGAAGACCAAGGAUGUACCCAUGUUUUAUGAGGUGAUGGAGGCAGCCAAGGUCCUGCUGGAUGCAGGAGAGGAGCUGCCCUGUGACCUGCUGGGUAAACUGCUCAAGUUCCAGCUCCUGGGAGUCAAGGCCAACGACCAGCAGAAGAGAGCCACAGAGAUGAGGGCUGCUGAGGAGAAGGGUAAGGGCAAGGCUGGCAAUGCCUCCCCAACCAAAGACAAAGGUGGUGCCAAGCCUGCCGCCAAAGGUGACAAGGGGAAGAAAGGGGCAGAGCCCAGCGCCCCAACCAAGGACACCAAGCUGAAAAAGAGGGGCGAGGAGGAUGAGACCAACAAGUACAUAGAUGAUGAGCCAGACGAUGGUCCUCAGCACUACAUCCUGGUGGUGGGCUUCCAGCAGGCUCAGCUGGUCUCUGUGCUGGACUCCCUGGGGGUCCAUGUGUCCAACGUUAUCAAGCUGACCUCACAGAGACCAGACCGGCCAGAGGGAUCACUGGAAGGGAGUGAUGACAAACCCCUGGAUGUGGACGCGGAGACUAACAUUAGGAGAAGACAACGGGAGCAGUUCUGGGGUCAGUUGGAAGGGGUGCUAAACAGUGGCUCAGCAUUCUCCAAGCUGUUUGAUGUGGCCCGCCUCAGUCACACCACUAAAGAGAUCCUGCCACCACAAGACAAGGAUAGCCCAGAGGCUAUGCUUGGGUUUGGGACACGUCUGUUUGAAGACGUGGCGUGUCUGAUCUAUGACUGUCUGGACUGGAGGAGACAGCAUCAACACUACCUGAACAACAUGAGACUGGUCCAGGUGCCAUCUGUCCCCAGGGCUGUGGCACUCACCACCCAGGACAGCCCUGCAGAGACGGUUCAGACCACAACGCCUCAGACACCUGGGACCAAGAAGAGACAAGCCCAAGAGGAAACCACUCCAGCAGACCCUGAACCGGCUGCUCUGAGUACUGAUGUGGACAUGCGUUACUAUAACGACCUGCUGGACCAGAUUCCUCCUGAAGCCUCCUCUGUUCCCCUCAUACUACACUGCAUGCUGGAGCAGGUGGUGGCCACAGAGCAGGACAUCCCUCCCCUGUCUACAGCAGACUCAGAGAAGGGAGUGUACAGCCUGGAGAAGAGCCUGGCAGACUACAUGCUGUCUGCUGUCAUGUCUCUGCCUCGCUCAGACCAGGAGAAGAAGACGUUGAGGGAGACGUUUGGUGCUGUGGAGAACACCCAGCAGAAGACUGAGCACCAGAGACCUCUAAUGAUCAACUGUCAUGACGAGAGAGCCCUGAGACUGCACCACCUGCCUCAGGUCCAUAACAGCCUUGAUGCGGUGAAGACAGAGACAGAGAUGAUGAGAAACACUCCGGUGUGGAAUCUUCUCUGCUCCGUCCGCCCCCUGAGUGGAACUAGAACCAGACUGGCCCGCAUCCAGGAGCUCACACACUACUGCACUGACGAGUCUCUGAGCUGGCCGGAGGUGGAGAGAGUGGUCAGACAGUUUGUGUUUGAGAGCAUGCCCCUGACCCAGCUGGAGGAGGGAGGCCUACUGACCUCUGCUAGUUCCCCUCAACCUACCUGCCUGCCCUGGGACGACCCGGUCUGCUUCGCCAAGAACUACCUCAGACACAUCAACAAGACACAAGGUGAAGUGUUCCACCACCAGGAUGAAUCAGAGGAGAGUUUGUCUGAUGUCCUAGAUGUUACUGAGAUGCAGAGAAGCCGGAUGCGAUCGCUCAGUGACUGGCACUAUACUGAGCACCACAACGCCAAUGUCUUUCCCCAGAUUCUCCACUCUGCCUCUCAGUCCUACCGCUGCAUGGACACCUUCUGUGGUAGUCUGGACAACACCCUGUUCAUCGUCUGUCACAAUCCCAUGAGCCCUCAACGCCAGUGCAAGGAAUUAUGGGACAUGGCUCUCCACACCAACGUUGGGUUCAGGAAGUACCUUGAGCACGUGGCCAACUCUAUAUCUGACUGGACCGAGGAGGAGGAGGUGAAGUGGCGAGCUCUGCAGGCCAAGAGAGAGGCAGAGAAACUGAGAGGGCCCACCCCGCCUGACUCCUCAGAGAAAGGCAGGACAGAGUCGGCUAAGGGCACCAAGAAGGGCACUGUCUCAACAAAACACACUGCAACCUCCCCAGCCAAGUCUCCUGUCCCAGAGGAAGGUCCUCCAGACCAGUACAUCAGAGAAGACUCGCUCAAAGCGUGGAAGAUAGAGCAGGACAGACAGAAGGAGGAGGAACAGAUGAAGAAAGCUAAGAAAGAUAAAGGAGGGAAGGGGGCGGAGCGCGCCAACUCGUCCAAGGAGAACAAGAAAACAAUCCCCUCGACCACGAAGAAGAGCAGGGAGGACGUGACCCCUGACCUGGCUGUGGGGACCCCUGGAGAACAGGGAGCGAAGCUGCAGUCGCCCACCGACGUCUUCACUGGAUUCACUGGUUACAGCAUGGAGGGGCAGCUGAUCCAGGUCUCAGGCCAGGUCCACUCCCUAUACCCCUCUGACGGAGGCCACAUCCAGGUGGAGACCAUCCACUUUGUCCAGGCCGAUGUUCUGUUUCCAGGGUCGACGCUCAUCAACGUGUGUGUGAUGAAGGACAAGCAUCAUUUGUACAGCCACAUCACCCAGCCAAAGAGACACCAGGAGGAGAGCCCAAAGGACGCGGUCACCAUGGAGACACAGAGUCCCACCAAUAAGAGUGUUUGGCUGGGCUCCUUCUCAGCUGUCCUGGACAGCGGCAUCCACCUCUCCUACAGUCACUACGGCCCCACAGGGGAGCAGGGUGAGAUGGAGGCUGGUCAGGACUCUGAUCUAGACAUGCCCACAGACUCCAGUCUCUCCCCCGUCCCCUCGACCUUCCUCUCCUCCUCAUUGUCCCGGGAGAAACUCAACUCCUCCCACAGCGCCAGGGGGGUGCAGCCGUCCAAGGAGACCAACAAGUCUUCAACACACAGAGAGGAAGAGGAGCAGACCAGAGAGUGUGUGGGUCAGGCUGCGUUAUCUGGCAGCACUCCGUUCCAGAGACUAAACCUCUCCACCCCCAGUGGUCUGCUGCUGCAGUUCCUCAGGGAGGAUACAGACGGCAGUACUCCAGAGGGUCAGUGUGUGUUGGUGAGACAGACUUUCCCCCUACACUGCAGUGACAGUAGGGAGCCUCACCUCACAGACCCAUCGUUACACAGUGAGUUGUCUAGGGUCAUCACUGGUCAGGGCACCGUGGUCAAGUACAUGAGAGACGGAUCAACACAGGUGCUGUUUGCAGAUGGUUCAGUCAGUAGCAGUACAGACUCAGGACCCAUCGUCUCCUCUCCUCCUGAACCCCCUGUGAAGGAGGAAGAGGUAGUGAAGGAGACUCCGGUACCGGAGAGAAAAGACAGCAAGGACAAGAAGGGUAAUCACAUCUCUAACAAAUCAUAUGGACCUUGAUUUAUACCCGUAGGUCUUUUAUACCGAACCAGUCAAAACCUACUCAUUCCAAGGGUUUUUCUUUAUUUUU